GGCAAUGUCUAAUCAUCAUAUUGUCAUAACUGAUGAAAGAGAAACUUGUGUACAAUACACAGAAAUGAACAAUAAAAAUGCAGGUCUCCAAAUUAAUCAACGUCAGGAGAGUAUUUCUGGCACUACUUUUAUUCACCAUUGGUUUGUGUGUUAUUAUGAUGCAACUAUCAGGACAUCAUCCGACAGCUUUCAACUUCCUUCGUACAAAAAAUCCAAAAGUAUUCUGCUGGGUACUAACCACCCCUUGGAACCUCCCUACAAAAGCAACUGCUGUCAAAAACACAUGGAUAAAACGUUGCGAUGGUGCAGUAUUUGUCACAUCAAAUCAUACUGACCCAAACUUUCCAACAUUGGCAUUAAACAUAACAGAAGGUCGUAAAUACUUGAGUAAUAAGUCAUUCACAGCAUUCAAAUAUUUAUACAAUAACCACCUUUCAGACUUUGAUUGGUUUUUGAAAGCUGAUGAUGACACAUAUGUCAUCAUGGAAAAUCUUAAACAUUUCUUGAAGGGAUUUAACCCAAGUGAUCCUUUAUAUUUUGGCCACUAUUUUAGUGGUUAUUUUAAAGGCAAAUUAAAAGUACCAGUAAAACAGGGAUAUGCUAGUGGAGGAGCAGGAUAUGUUAUAAGCCAAGAGGCUCUUAGGCGCAUGCAAGAAAUAGGCUCUAAAGACACUAAAUACAAGUGCAGACGAAAUACAGGAUUCGAAGAUGGGGAUAUAGGAAUCUGCCUUGAAAACCUCAAUGUUACACUUGGUGUAUCACUUGACAAUAAUAGACAGAUGACUUUCCAUCCAUUUAAUGUUAUAAAAGAACUAAAUAAGUCCCCUAAAGAAUCCAAGAUGUACCAAUAUAUCAAUGGAAACAUAAGUAUAGGAAAAGAGAAGGGUGCCAGGAUAUUAAGUUCCAAUACAAUAUCAUUCCAUUAUGUAAGCCCCGCCUUAAUAUACCUCAUAGACUUCCUCAUCUAUGACUUAAAUGUGCAUCAACUGAGAGCCUCGUUCACCUCGUUACAUAUAAAAAGUCCAAGAGUUUUCUGCUGGGUACUAACCACUCCUGGGCACCUCCCUACAAGAGCAACUGCUGUAAGAAACACCUGGCUUAGGCGUUGCGAUGGUGCAAUGUUUGUGACAACAGAUUAUAAUGAUCCAAAUUUUCCUGUUAUGGCAUUAAAUAUUACAGAAGGCAGACAACAUUUAAGUAAUAAGUCCUUUGCAGCAUUUAAAUAUUUAUAUAAUCACCAUCUUCAAGACUUUGACUGGUUUCUGAAAGCUGAUGAUGACACAUAUGUCAUUAUUGAAAAUCUUAAACAUUUCUUGAAGGGAUUUAACCCAAGUGAUCCUUUGUAUUUUGGCCAUCAUUUUGGAGGCAAAAGAAAAAUACCAGUAAAACAGGGAUAUGCUAGUGGAGGAGCAGGAUAUGUUUUAAGCCAAGAGGCUCUUAGGCGCAUGCAAGAAAUAGGUACAAAUGAUGCUAAAUAUCAAUGUAGAAAAAAUACAGGAUAUGAGGAUGCAGAUAUUGGAAUCUGUCUUGAAAAGCUCAAUGUGACUUUAGGAGUAUCACGUGACAAUAAUAACCAGAUGACAUUCCAUUCAUUCCAUCUUCUAAAAGAACUUAACAAGCGUCCCACCCAAGAAAGUAUUUACCAAUAUGUCAACAGAAACAUUAAAAUUGGAAACCAGAAGGGUGAAAGGAUAUUGAGUUCCAGUACAAUAUCAUUCCAUUACGUGGACCCUGGCACAAUGUACUUUAUAGACUUCCUCAUCUAUGACCUAAAUGUGCAUCAAGUGAGGGGUGACAAUAGAUAUAUGGGAUAA